UCAAAUAAGGCCUUGACCUAUUUUAAGGAGACCUAAACGAAAGCUGGCGGUUUGUUUAAAACUGGCGCAAUGGACACGUUUAAAAAGCACCUUCCAUGGAAUUUCGGAAAACGGUAUAAUAUUAUUGAAGGGAAAGAAAACUCUUAUUGUAAUACACCAAAUUCAAAGAUAAACCACACAGUAGAAAAUGACGAUGAAGUUCAGCCCAGAAGACUUAGGCGCAAUACAAGCUUGACAAAAUCUGUGAGGGAUGUUGUUGGAACAUUACGGCAGAAAAUCAAAACAUCAACAAAGCGAAGAAUGAGAUUUAAGGACCAUAAUGAGAUUGCUUCACCUACUCAAUCAAAGAUCACAAAGCAGAAAAAGAGCAAAUGUUUUUCCAGAAUUCCAACAACGCCUAAAAGUAUGAAGAACACAAUUGUUUACAGAGAAGUGAAAUUGUAUUCUCCAUUUCAAAUUGAAACCCCACCAGCAAAAACACCCCCCGGAAUCAGGACAUCAACACGAACUCGAGUACAAUUUCAUCAGAUGGAGACUCCAACUAGACUGAGGAGAGAAGUGGAAUCUCUUACAGCUAACAUGCAAGCUCUAGCCACACUUACACCAAAUGACUUACAACAACGAACAACAAGACAACGUGGCAAGUCUCCAUUAACCAAUGGAAGUUUUCAGCGGACAGGAAUUAGGACAAGCUUGAGGAUACAGAAUCGACAGAGGAUGGAGACCAAUUUCCUGUAACUGUCUUGUUCUAACAUUGGAGGAAAACAUCUCGCUAUACAUUGCAUGCCUCUGCUUUAUAUAUUUAACAGUAUUACUAUUGUGGAAUAUGAAAUAUUGCAUGUAUUUCCAUAUUUAUUCAAUU